CUAAUGCAAUUUAGAUACACCCUAACAGUACUCAUUGGACUAUUCAUUCAUUCAUUCAUCACUAUCCCAGCCUUAUACGUAAUGCUAACUCGUAAAAAUCCUCUAAAUAUCUUCAAAUAUAUUAUGGAAGGCGGAAUGGCAGCAUUAGGCACUUCAUCAUCUGGAGCCGCUCUACCGCUUUCCAUCAAUGGUAUGGAACAGUUGGGUGGCCUAGAUGAGCGGGUAACUCGUUUUGUUCUGCCGUUGGGUGCCAACAUUAACAUGGCAAGCUCAUAUUUCUAUCACCAAAAUAAUCUUCGUGAUGAAAUUCGAGAUGGAUGUGCUCUUUACGAAGCUGUCGCAGUAAUUUUCAUUGCUCAAGUGAAUAAUGUACAACUAGGUUUUGAGCAGAUAAUCACCGUUAGUUUCACCGCUACAAUUGCGUCUCUGGGACUCAAUGCAGUACCAGUCGGAUUAGUUUCAAUCUUUUUGAUACUCAAUACAGUAGGAUUACCCGCUACAGAAGUGCCAUUGCUGUUCGCAGUAGACUGGAUGUUGGACCGAAUACGGACCUCGUUGAAUGUAUUUGGAGACGGGUUUGCAGCAAGUGUAGUUGAAACAGCUUUGAAGGUAUAA